CUUGUACAGAUAGCCAUUCUCGUUUAUAAGCCGAAAUACUCGAUCCGCAACUCCCGAGAAAGGCUUGGUGGCGGAUCAAUCCUUUCCCCGGAAAGGACAUGUUUGGGGAGGUUUUGCUGCUUAAUAAUGGUGAUUGUUCAGCCGACCCGCCGAGCAAGGAUCUAUGUUGGCUUACGCAGCAUAUAUCUGACAACUAUGUUGUCCGCUAAAGCAAGACAAAAGCAACCUUUGUUUGUCCAUCUCGAUUCAUUCAAAUUCUGGGAAACUAGGCUGCCGUUAUACUUGAGUGGAACUGACAUCCAACAUAUCAACAAUGACUGCAAACAUGCGUGCAAUUGAUAUCAAGGAAGGCAAGGGCCCCGCGGCCAACCUUUUUGUGACUACGCUCCCGAAGCCACUGCCGUCUGCAGGAGAGGCGCUUGUGAAAAUCAAAGCGUUUGGCUUGAACAGGAUGGAUCUGUUACAGAGAGAAGGAUUGUAUCCGCUACCCCCUCAAGCACCUAAGACAUUGGGUGUAGAGUUCUCUGGCGUCAUUGAAUCCUUGGGUGAUGGAGACUGUCUCGACUUCAAAGUUGGUGAUGAGGUAUUUGGGUUGGCUUAUGGAGGGGCGUAUGCGGAAUAUAUCUCAUCUUCCGUGCAAACACUGCUUCACAAGCCCGCAGAAGUCUCCUGGGUGGAAGCAGCGGGAAUACCAGAGACAUGGUUCACAGCAGCCCAGGCUAUGUAUUUAGUAGGUGAAUUUAAGCCAGGCAAAUCAAUUCUUUGGCAUGCAGGCGCAUCAGCUGUUUCCAUCUCUGGCAUCCAGCUCUCGAAAGCGGACAACGCGAGCAAUAUUUACGUUACGGCCAGCUCGCAGGAGAAAAUCGACUUCUGUGUCAAGAAUCUCGGGGCCACGGCCGGGUUUAAUUAUAAGACCCAGGACUGGGCUGCCGAGCUGACCAAGGCUACGAAUGGCCGCGGAGUCGAUGUGAUCAUUGACUUCGUCGGUGCAAGUUACUUUCAAGGAAAUCUUGACGCGGCCGCGAAGGACGGCCGCAUUGUCAACCUCGGCUUCUUAGGUGGCAUCAAGCUGCCCGCUGGUGUUGAUAUCAGUCCAAUUCUGAGGAAGAGGUUGAGGUACGAAGGCAGCUCUUUGCGGAGUAGGGAUACUGUGUAUCAGAGAAAGCUUCGGGACCUGGUGCUGGAUGCAAUGCCUAAAUUCAAAGACGGGACAUUCAAAGUAUAUGUUGAGAAAGUCUUCCCGUUCGAGAAUGUCAUAGAUGCCCAUGUGCUCAUGGAAAGUAACCAGACCAAAGGAAAAAUCAUCUGCACCAUUGGAGAAGUCUGAUGGUAGAAGAUAGAUAGGCCUGUGAAAGGCUUUUUUGAGAGCGAGUAUGAUUAAUGGAUGAUAUAGAGGCAUUUUACUUUGAAUUUCUCGGUUUUGUUUUAUGUUUUCGCUUUCCAUAUGCUAAAUAUGGUCACUAUGGUAGAAGAAAUAAAUGUUUUUAGACAAAUACUGACAAUGUAUAUCCAUGGAUGUGAACUAGUCAUUGUAUCAUAUGCCAAGCUAUAGGCGGUGAAGAAUCGUGGCAGAAUUUAUCGCAAAAUUCACGUUCUUUUAUAUAAAUUGGG